AUGGUCUACACGCGCAUCGUGCAGCCGGGCAUCCGCAAAAAGUACCACUACGUGCCCGGCGAGCGCACGCUCUUCCGCGUCGAAGGCACGAUCAUCCCCAAGGUCUGGAAGACGGCGGUCCUCGUCGCGCUGCUCACGCUCGCGCUGUGCUUCGCGCGUCCGGGCGUCGUCUACGACGAGCUGCACCACCGCGAGCGGCACACGCCCGCGGCGCUGUCGUCGCGCGAGCGGCUCGCGCUCCACCUCUUCCGCGACGCGGAGAAGAUCCUCGCGUACCUCACGGGCUUCCUCACGUUCAUCCUCGGCUUUUUCAACUCCAUCGUCUUCGCGCGCUGGUGGCGGAUGAGGGAACUGUGCGGCAACGUCAUCGAAGCCGCGCAGAACAGCGCGAUGCACAUCGCGAUCUUCGUCGUACGGAGGCCCGCGGACGACGCCGCGGGCGAGGCGGAGCUGGAGCGGACGCGCCACGAGCUCGUCCGCCUCAUCGGCCUGGCCGUGGCGCUCGUGCUCCAGGCCUGCCACCGCGUGAGAGACCUGGACUGGCUCGCGGAGAACGAGCUGCUCGAGCGCGGGUCCGCGGAGCACGCGGCGCUCGAGGAGAUCGCGGGGCCGGGCUACAACGAGGUCAUCGGCUGGGCCGUCGACGCGACCUACGAGGCCGGCGCGCGGAAGAUGGUCGCGCCGGAGGUGCUCAGCUCCGUGCUCUACAGCGUCCGCUGGGCGCUCAUGUACGUGUCGAACCACGCCGAGGACCUCAUGAUGCACCUGAACCAGCCCAUCCCGCUCGCCUACUACAACCUGCUCGAGACCAUGGUCUGCAUCUACAUCGCCGUCGCCGCCGCGGCGCUCGUGCCGUCGCUCCUCUGGGCCGCCGUCGCGGUGUCGCCCGUCGUGACGCUGUUCUUCUACGGGUUCUUCACGUUGGGCACGAGCAUGCUCAUGGACCCCUUCGUCAAGGACUCGGGCUUCGACACGCUGGCUUUCAUCAAAGCGACCAUGCUGUCCAUGGACUCGCUCGAGCGGAACGUGCCGCUGCGCCGCCGCGUCGCGAGCCCGAAGCGCGGCAGCUUCAACGUCUUCGCCGACGACCCCGCGAAGGCCUUCGACGACGACCCAGGGCCGAAGAAGGAGAGGUGA